AUGGGAAAGACUAUAAAGAAAUUCGUCUUUCACUCGUUCGGUUUCAAGGGGUUUGUUCGCGUUGCUGAAUCGGAUAGUCUAAAGGAUGUUAGAAAGCAAAUCCUUGAAAAGGUUGACGAUCACCUGAUACCAAAGGGUGAUUGGAUAUUCUCUGUGGAUGACAUCCAAGUCGGAGCGAAGCAAGAGGAGGAAGAAAUGGCAUGGGAAGAUAUCAUUGAUCAAAAUAAAAAGGUUGUGCUCGUCCAGACCACCUUUCCGUUGAAACGCAAAUCUCCGCCUCCAGCUUUGCUUUCUUGCAAAACAGAAAUUAUCACCAGGCCCGACAACGGAGCUAAGCCUUCUCGUAAACGGAAUAGAUCCGAGAAUCCGAGGCAGCAAACAUCAGCAUCCAACUUCAUUGACCUGACAGGUGAUGAUGAUGAUGAAGUCGAAGACAUGGUUUCAACGGAAGGAGGCAGUGCAAGUAACACUGUUGUCAUCUCACCUGAUGACGAGCCAAGCGACCGACCUAUUGUACCCAGGGUGAAAGCACGAGCUGGUAGAAGGAAGAGUACCAGACCUAUAGCCGUUGUGUCGAAAGACGAAUUCAGUGGUCGUAUUGCUCCUAGCGAAUCAGAGAUAGAUCGGAGGAAUACGGCGAGGAGGGCGGUCACUUCGACACCUGUCACACCCGAGAGAGAACUGAGCAAUCCAGGAGGGCGCCGAAGGACAGUACAGGACCAAUAG